CUUCGAAUUUCCAAGCAAGUAGUUGUCCAUUCUACUAGCGGUUCAAAUGAUGGCGCAGGGCACUCCGUUCGGCAACUUGAUGGCUGAAGCUGUCAAGCUGAAAGGAGCCCAACAGGCGACACUGCGACCCGUGUGGGACUCGUGGCCGCAGUACUUUCAGCACUCGAUGUUCAUGCAAGACCCGAUCGUGAGUGGUCGAGAGAAACCGUUCGACGAGCGACUGCGCCUGGCGACGGAGAUCAAGGUCCAAGGCAAUGUUCACUUUGCCAAAGGCGAGUUUGAAGAGGCCGUGGCGCAGUACGAAAAGGCGUUGGCGCUGUUCAAGUACUGCGAAAACACAGACCCCGACUGGAAGAAGAAGGGCAUUCGGGACGACGACAUCUACGUCGUCGACUACAAACCCGACAACGUCCACGACCAGAGCCAGCUGGACACUCUGAAAGUGACUUUGUACCUCAACAUAAGCGUAUGCAAACUCAAAUUGAAAGAGUUUGCGUUGGCCAUUUCCGCCUGUGGCGACGUGUUGGCGAUUGACCCGACCAACGCCAAGGCGUACUAUCGGCGAGCACAAGCGUUGAUCACGCCGCUGUCGUGUGGCGCCGUGGAAUUUGAAAAAGCGCUCGUCGACCUGGAAACGGCUUGCCACCACGACCCCGACAAUGUGGAAUGCAGAAACUUGUACCGGCGGCUUCGACUCGAACACGCCCAACAGCGCAAACUCGACAAACGCACGUUCAGUGGCAUGUUUAACCGCGGCACAGUCGUCGACGACACCAACGUCGUCGAGGUAACUGCUCCAGACAAGGCGCGGGCGAAUGAAAAGCGACUUCAAAAGGAGGUCGAAGAUGCAGAAGCCAUCGCCCACAUGUACGAACAAAGCGGGAAACUGCAGGAAGCAAGCGAGUUGAGGCAGAAAAUCGACCAGGCCAAGGCGGCCACAAGGGCGACCCCGCCCCGCGUCGACUUUAUGCACCCGACCCCCGAAAUGAUUGAAGACGGCAAGAAGAACGGGAUUGACUUGACCGAUAAACGAGUGCAGCAAAUGCUCGCCGAUCUCCAAGACGAGCACUUGGCGAAUGGCACGACCCCGAAACAAUCUGCGACGCCGCCGCCAUCGGGGGCGACCAAGUUUCAAGAAGCACUCGGUGAAGCGGACGAGAUCUUGAAGACAAUGACCAACCAAGAAAUCUCGCAACUGCUCCAGUCCGAAGGCAUCGACUUUCAUUCGAUCACGGACAAGGACAUGUUGAAUGUACUGUACAGCGCAUCACUACAAGAUAUGGACAGACCGCCUCCAUCUUGUAUAUGGGUCGUAGGAAAUGGUGCGGAAUGUGCUGGCCACCAAGCUGCGCGACAUGCCUCGCCCCGGCGACGAGGAUACCGCCGCCGCCUCGGACAAGACGACCAGUCGGUCCAUGCGCCACAUCUUUGCGCUCGUGGGGCUGUGGGUGCUCUUUCGCAUGUAUUCGAGCGGCGGGUUCGCCAUGUUGGUCCGCGGGCUCCACGCGCUGACGUUUGGCGACUCGACCCCGUUGCGACCGUUAACGUCGGCCGACAGUUUCGACGACUUUGACGAGUUUUAACACUGCAUUGUAAUAAACGGUGUGUAUAUAUUG